AUGGAAGAAAAAGCUAACGGACACGGAAACGAGACAAAUGUCGAAAGCCAUAAUGUUCGAUUUGUGGUCCACCAAAGCAUUCCGAAUUUAUACCAACUUGUUGAAUUGUGUUUGGACGAAAGCACUACAAGUUCCGAACGAAGAGAUUCUCUAGUACGCAAGGCCAUUAUUUAUCCAGAAGAACUGGAAAAAGUCUGCAACAUGUUGACUCCCGGAAGUUAUCGUUCGGUCUCUGAUAUUCAAUUUAAACAAUUGGCAAACGUUGAUAUUCAACUAGUUGGUUGUUACGGAAAUUGUGAGAUUAUUUCUAAACUGUUACUUCAAAACAAUGUCAUUGACAAAGAUAGAUACGAGAAAUUUAUUAAAGGCGAACAAACAUUGGCUACCGGGCUUUAUUUGCUAAUUGUUGAGCCAGAUAUGAAUCUCCAGCAGUCGCGGAAAACUACAGUAGCAGCCAGUACAAAGUUUGGUCUUGCUUCUGACUAUUUACUUGUUACUUGUCAGAUCGAGUUACCAGAAUUGGCUGCAUGUAACAAAGAUUCAUCAAAAGCUUUCAUCACGGAAUCAAAUACUUUACAAUCUCUGGCUAUUGUUCGAAAUAUUAGCGAAUCCAAAACUUUGUCUGAAAUAAUGACUGACAAAUUUAAGUCUUCUCAAGAACUCCAAAAGUUCUUGGGAAAGAAGCUGAAUGAAGAACAUUAUGGUUUAAAUUUAAACAGUUUGAGUAUGAAUGCAUUAGCUCUUUUGAUUAUAAAGGGUUUAAAAAGACCUGAUCUUUUAGCUGAAUAUUAUAAGCAAAUAUCAAACUUAAAGGCACAAAGGGAUAAAAAAAUUGAUGUGUACAAAAAAAAGGUAAAUCAAUGGGCUCUUUUAACUCUGGAAAAUUAUGAUAGGGAGCUUUUUAAUUUCAACUCAUCUUUGAUAAAGGAUGAUCCUGGUCUCAAAAAAUUUUAUGUCGGGCAUGCAGAAGUUUGUAAAGACAUAGAGGCUAAGAUUUUACAAAUUGAUAGAAAGGAAUGGAAGUCACUAAAGUAUGAAUUUUGCAAUAAAAGAGAACAGCAGACUAAUUCAUUACAAGCAAAAUUGCGUGAUAGAUUGGCUGCUGUCAAUAGGAUGAAUAGUAAGACUAAAGCAGAAGAGGCUGAUGAAGUAUCUGAUGUCAACUUUAUUGCUAACCUAGAUUACACUGCAAGUGAAAAUGAUAUUGCAAAGUUUCAAAAAGUGUAUCAACAGUGGAAGGAUGAUAUUAACAAAAAGCUGGAAGAAUUUUGGAAACCUCAUAUUCAAAACAUGAAUGAAGAUGGGAAUUUUUUCAAGUAUAACGAAAAAGUGAGUAAUAUUAUUGGAGUAGAAUCUGAAAAGUUGAAGAAAAAACUUGAAUCAAUGUACCCCAUUGGUAAUAGGAAAAAAAUGAUUAUUAAAAAUUUGCAAAAAACCCCUAUAAUGGGAAUUAACUAUCUCCAUCAGUAUGAAUUUCAUUAUGUCACUGAAGUAGUCAACCCCCCUUUCUGUGAACUGGAGAUAUUGGAAUUACCAAGUAGGCUCAAAGCAAAUGCCAAUUACACAAAUACAGUUUUAUCGAAUGCAUAUCAAACAAUCCUGUAUAUAAAUGCGAGUUUUGAAAUUAGGAAACUUUGCCAACUUGACGAUGGGAAAUUUGUUUUGAUUUUGUGGGACACCGAAAAAAAUGGUUAUGCUAUCUUUUAUGGAACACUUCCUGAACUAAAGGAAAAAUUCAAACGGAAUUCAAUGCCGUCUCAGAUCAGACUAAUGGACGAACCCAGAGAUUUGCUGCUUGCUGUAAAUAACUCAACAGGUCUUAUGGCAACGUAUGAUAACAAUGAACACGUUCUUAAUAUCUACAAUAUUUGUGGUGAUGAAACAAGCAUGUGUCCACUACAUCCAAAUCUCAUACGGAAAUCUCAGUUGUCAACACUUAAAUACCUUUUAUGGAUCAGCAAAACUUCAAUGCUCUUUGUUAAAGAAGACGGGGAAGCUUAUAUGUUCGACUACAUGGAUUGUUAUUUAAGAUGUUUUGACAAAUUCUCCAAGGACGCAGCUUCAAUCCUAAGCUCACCAGAUCAUUCUUGUAUAUUUGUACUCAAACCAAAGACUAACCAAGACACAAAUCCGGCAGGUAGCAAGAUUGGCAGCAGCAAACCCCUAACUGAUGCUGAAGAGCACCCAUCAGUUCCUGUUGAUACAAAUGGAGAUACAGCACAAGCGCUUGUAUUUUUUGUAAAUCAAGAUAAACAGUGCGAACCACUGGAAAUCGAAAUCCCUUUACCUUCACAUUCUUUAACCCAUUAUCGAUUCACAUAUUUUGAGCAAAUCCAACAUUUAGUCACGCUUGACUUGGCACAUAAUGCACUAGUUUCAGCAAAAUGCUGGCAGAAUAGUUUAAUGAUUACAUGA